CCUUAAGAAGUAUAUCAACAAAGAGAUUACUUUUAACGAAUUAAAAAUGCUAGAAGUCAAACGGAUGUCUAGCUCCAAUAUCACCACUGUAAGCGAUCUCAAAUAAGCAGCUUGAUGGAGACUUUUUCAAUAUUACUCCUGAAUUCAGAGGUUUUCUCAAAUAAAAUUUGUGAGUUCCGUAAAGUUUCAAGUUAUAAAAACAUCAUACAUGACCAAGAUCUCUGGAAUCUUGGAGAAAGAUGCAUUAAAAGCUUAUGUUGUGUAAAUUUUAAAGAAAAUCGAAAAUCUACUAGGCCUAAAAAUGAUUUUAAUCCUUACCAAAACAUCAAGAUUGCGAAGAAGAAUCGAAGUUUAUCCAGAAAUCAAUCUAAAGGUUUAGAUAAGAAGGGUUCAGAGUUAAUCAGAAAUAACACAAUGAAGCCAACAAAGUCCCUGAAAAUGUCUCAAGGACGUAAGAUAGAUAAGAACCAAAAUAUUGACCAAAGGCUCAGGCAGGAAUUAGAUUUCCUUAAAAAGGCUGGCUUAACCAAGAACCACAACAUAUUUUACCCCACUGACCAUCCUAGAGCAUUGUUAGAGAAGAAGUAUAAACACUUAGGAUAUAAGUAA